AUGGACAUCACCGACACGGUCACCAUGGUCACCAUGGCCACCAUCGACACGGUCACAGCCAUCGUCAUCACCAUGGGCACGGACACGGACAUGGUCACGGGCACAAACAUCACUCUCACGAACAUCAUCACCACCAUCACCAUAGCAGCAGCGGCAGUAGUGGUAGUGGUAGUAGCGGUAGUGGCGGCAGUAGCGAAGACGAAGACGACAGCGAGAGCAGCCAGCAGCAGUAGCGGCGAUGAGGGCAGCAGCUACAGCGGUGAAAGCGGCGAAAGCAGUGGCAGCAGCUCCUCCAGCGAGAGUGGCUACGAAUCUGGAUCUAGCUCUUAUGGCUCCUCUUCGGGCUCCUCCGGUUCUUCAUCCGGCUCUUCGGGAUCUUCCGGCUCCUCUGAAUAUGUCAUCUAUGAUGACUAG